AUGGCGCAUGGUUCUGGGAGCGGAGGCACGUCCUUGGCUCCUACCCCUACCCAUCCUCAUCACCUAUCUAGAGAACACAGCAAGGAGGACAUCGAAAUGGCGGAGAACCUCAGUCUCCUAAAUAACUCACAAGAACAUCACUCUCGAAAACCCGAACUCAGCCCUCAGCUCCCACAGCAGCAGCAGCCCCAGAAGCCGCUGUCUCCGCAGGCUGCCGUAUCACCGCCACCCCAGCAGCAACAGCAACCGCAACACCAACAAAGCCAAAGCCCGCACGUCUACCACUCCCUCCAGGAUACCGUACCGCUGCAGACAGCCGAACAGCCAGAAGACGCACCCACGCCUGCCACGAUAGCCUCGACAACAAGAAGCACCGCUCCGCUAGGGAAUGCGCCAGUGACUGGCCAGACUUGCAGUAAUUGCGGGACGACGAGAACGCCCCUGUGGCGCCGCUCACCGACUGGAGAGACCAUCUGCAAUGCAUGCGGCCUGUAUCUCAAGGCGCGCAACCAAUCGCGACCGACCAAUCUAAAGCGCAACACCGGCCCGCACCCCAUAGAUCAAGGCCAUCAAAGCCCUACGCCUGGCCAGAGUUUCGACCGAACUGGCUCACCCACAAACUCUGCCGGUCCAUCCAGAGGCCAAACGUAUGUCAGCGCUGAGCACGUCGCUUCUGGGACUUGCCCGGGUGGGGGCAGAUGCAACGGCACGGGAGGUCAGCAAGGCUGCAAUGGCUGCCCGGCGUUCAACAACCGAGUUUCCAAGACCGCCCAGUUUGCGUUGGCACAAGCAAACGCCACUGCAGGAUCCAGCGACGGACCGAGUGGGGGCGAGGGAAGUGCUCAGUCGGCCGUUGCAGGGACAGCCGCCAUUCCAGCUUGUCAGAAUUGUGGGACGACGAUCACGCCGUUGUGGAGGAGAGACGAGGCUGGGCAUACAAUAUGCAAUGCUUGUGGGCUAUACUACAAACUUCAUGGCGCACACCGCCCGGUCGCGAUGAAGAAACAGGAAAUCAAACGCCGCAAACGUGUGGUACCCGCAAUUGGAGAUGCUACCGCCUCGUCCAUAGCAAGCACCUCUCCACGACAACGUGCCGCCGAGACCCCACGAUUCGAGCACUCCGUCUCGCCAGACCCCACCACCGCCAUCGAAUCCAGCGAGAGCUACGCGCCGUCUCCGGAACCUCCUAGGGGUCCUAUCGCCGUCGACUUCACAAACUACAACACCAGAAAUAACCCGUCCGUUACCUCCCACCCGCAGGGUCCUGCAACACCGUCCGGCAUGGUCCCUGGUGCGCCUUCGCCUCGAAAACGGAGCCUCAGUGCCCAUCUCGAAGACGACAAGCCAUCGACGCCCGUAAACCCUAUUCCUCACCGCCCGAACGCCAUCUCCUCGAUCCUGAAUCAUCCCACGGAUGCACCCGAAACAAACAUCGAUCCAUCACUUUCACACUCGCACCCUGCCCGCACACACUCCGCCGCAAACUCGAACGCUUCGAGAACCAGUCCCGCCUCGCAGGAGGACAAGUUCGCAAGGAGAGAUAGGCUGAGGCGCGAAGCCGAGGCCAUGAGAGAGGAACUAGCAAGGAGGGAGAGGGAAUUGGAACAAAUGGGGGAUUGA